UUUGAAGGUAUUGAUAAAGUAGAACUUUAAUUCAAUAACAAAGGAGCAGUUAUUUGCUACUGAUAGUUUAGUGCGACUACAUUUUUGAGGUUCAAUAUGUAUAAGCUGAUCUUUGCCAUUGUUGCUUUGGCAACUCUUUGUUCUGUAAGUAAAUCCUUCCAAUUUACAUUUACAGAAGGGGACAUAGCAGAAUUAAGAUUUCAAUAUAACAUUGAGGGUCCUUUGGAUUUUCAGUUGAGAAUAGGUGAUAGUGAACCAUUCUUUCAGAAUGGAAGAAAAGUAGCAAACAUGCUGACACAAAGUCAGUACAAGAGGUUUAAAAUCAAAAUGGCCACAUCCCAAUCGAAAAGUCGAUUUGUUCAACUGCAAAUUCAAAACAUAUCUCGUACAGAUAUUGGAGAUUACAUAUGUGAACUUGUAAGAGAUGGCAACAUUCUUGAGGAUACAACACAAAGGUUUUCAGUGCAUAUUGAAUAUCCUCCUGGUCUAGCAUCUUGCGUUAUUAGCAGCAUAAAAAAGGUUCACUUUGGCAUUAAUGAUAUCUGGGAAAUAAUGAACUGCUCAGCUCUAACAGGUACUGACCCUGGAUAUAUUUCAUGUUUUCAAAACAAUGAGCAAUCGCCCCCAUGGACGAUCCCCAUUUCAAACCAAACCCACACUCUCCAAAAGAUUUGGGUUCGGACAACACUUCCACUUGUCUGUUGCUCCUCAACCUACAGAUUACCAAAGACGCUUUGCGAAUGCAAUGAUUUCUCAUGGGGCCUUGACAACAGAACUGUAAUUGAUUCAUGCUCUCAUAGCUCAACUACAUCUUUCCACAAGAAAUCACCAAUAAAAAGGGAAGAAUAUCACACAGAUGAGGUCACACAAAGCACAAAUACCAUGACAUAUGGUACCUCUGAAACUGUAGGUGUGAAGGUAGAGGGUGACGGUAAAAACAUGAUGAUAUCGGUUGGAAUGAUUAUUACUUCAAGUGUGUGUUUCCUGGUGAAUAUCAUUUUCAUGUUAUUUUGCUUCCAGAGAGUAGAAACCCGUUUAUCAAGUGAGCUGAAAGACAUCAGGAAAUCACUUGAGGAUGUCAAGAAGUCUUCAUAAAACGAAUAGACUUUAGAC